AUGCCAUCUUGUUGUGCUGUUGGCUGCCAUUCUCAUCAUAAAAAAGGACAGAACUUGUCUUUUAAUUGUUUCCCUGUUGAUCCAUUAAAGAGAGAUAGGUGGAUAGCUGCUAUCAGACAUGAGAACUGGUCACCAACGGAGCAGACUAGAGUUUGCAGCAGACACUUUGUCACAGGCAAACACCAUAAUAAUCCUAAACAUAUAGAUUAUGUGCCGUCAGUAUUUGAUUAUAAUAAAGUUGAGAAACAAGUCGACGGGGCAAAUGCUCUACAGCGAUAUAAGAGGGCUGUUGCUAGGGCCAAGAAAGUCGUUACAGUUAAGACUCGAAGGAAAAGGUUCACUGCUGGUAUUCCUCUAAAUGCCAACAAGGCAAGAAACAAUAGAGCGUUGGCUGUGGAUGAAAUUGUUUUUGAUCGAACUUCGUUAGAUUUAGAGGAAGAUGAAAGAUGCAGUGAUGACAAUGAAGGCAUUGAACAUAAAGCAAUGGAGAACAAUGAAGAGAAUGAGUAUCAAGAGAGCUUGGCGAACCUUAAUCAAAGUAAUGAUGGGUAUGUGCAUACAAACAUGGUUCCUCCAGACGAUUUGGCUGUAAGUAUCACUCAGGAUUCGUUGCAAAGGGAACUAGAGAAGUCUUCAUUUGAUGUUUGUGAGUUACAGUAUGAUAAUGAGCUCCUGAUGAAAUCUAAUGAAGAGAUUAGGGUGCAGUAUAAUAAAUUGCUCACUAUAUGCAAAUCUCAAGCAAAUCAGCUGUCGCAUCUCAAACAAUUGUGUGAUAAUGCUCUAAGAACAUCUUUGUAUCUGCAUCCCUACAAGCUAGAUGCUUUAUCUUUGACAAGGGACAGCCAGAAGUCAGUAUUGUACACUGGUUUACCACUCAAAGUUUUCCAGAUGAUCUGUACAAUUUUUAAACCAAUGGUCACCAAACCAUUUACUACGUCCUGCACCAUAGAAGAUGAAUUGCUUUAUACUUUGGUUAAAUUACGACUUGGUCUAGUUAACAAGGACAUAGCAUACAGAGCUAAUAUUGAUGAAGGUUUGUUUUCUAAAAUUUUCCACCGAUGGCUAAACAUUCUUUACAGAGAGUUAAAACAGUUGAUUAUAUGGCCUGAUUCUGAAACACUGCGUAAAAACCUACUGAAAUGUUUCAAAGAAAAAUAUUCUCAUGUGGUGUGCAUAAUAGACUGUUUUGAAGUGUUUAUUCAAAGACCAAGGUCCUUUGAUGCUAGAGCAGCUACUUAUAGUAACUACAAAAAGCACAACACCAUAAAAGUUCUAAUUGGAAUAUCGCCAACAGGUGCCAUUUCUUUUAUCAGUAAAGCCUGGUGA